AUGCCGACGCUCGCCACCAUCAGCGCAGACGACAAGACGCGCAUCAAAGCCGCCGUCCCAAGUGGAAACAACAAGAUUCUGACUGCAACGCUCGUCAGAGUAUACUAUGCUUAUCCAGAUCCUCACUCGUGGUCCUAUACAGGCCUCCAGGGUGCCCUCGUCCUUGCAAUGGAUAAGAACACGACUGGAUUCGGCUUCAAGCUCGUCGAUCUCCAGGGGACGCGCGGAAUCGUCUGGGAACACGAGAUUUGGGAACCAUUUGAAUAUAAUGUAGAUAGGCCCUUCUUCCACUCGUUUGCUGGCGAUGAGUGUAUGAUCGGCUUUGUAUUCGCUGAUGAGAGUGAAGCAAAGACAAUGUAUAAAAAGGUGACCACUCGCAAGCAGCCCACUGUCAAGUCAUCUAAGACAAAAAAGUCGAAAUCAAAGGCAUCAACGUCUGGGAAAAAGGUUGACAAGUCGCUCAUCUCUGCCCCGACCGGCUUCCAGCAUCUGGCGCACAUAGGCUACGAUGCCGACAAGGGCUUUAGCAGCGAGGGUGUCGACAAGAGCUGGACAAACCUUCUCAAUCAAGUAGCCGCUCACGGGAUCGAUCCAUCGACGAUCGAGCACAACGAGAGCUUUAUCAAAGACUAUGUACGGCAAUGGCAAGAAAACGAAGCCGCGACUGCACCAGCUGCUGCAGAAACAAAGAAAAAGGUGCCUCCACCAGCUCCUCCAGCGCGCGGAGCCGACAAGAAGAAACCACCUCCGCCACCAACGAGACGAAACCAGACGCUCGCGACCCCUGCAGAGCCAACGUCUCCCACCGUUGCGCCUCCAGCUUUGCCACCUCCGAGAAGAGAGUCUCCGCCACCUUCUCCGCCUUCUGCACCUGUUGCACCUCCAGCGCCCGCCCCUCCGCCUUUACCCCCGACGCGCGCCGCGCCGACUUCUCCUCCUCCUGCACCUCCUUUACCUCCGGCACGUGCUGCUCCUUCUGCACCUGCACCUCCCCCUGCUCCGCCUUUACCACCUGCGCGUACCGCACCGAGCGCACCCAUCCCGCCUCCUCCACCAGCACCACCUUUACCUGGACCCAGGACGACGACGGCACCGUCGGUUCCUCCUCCUCCUCCUCCACCGCCGAUGCCAUCGACAAGCAGCGCACCUUCGAUCCCUCCCCCGCCUCCGCCCCCUCCGAUGCCAGGAAUGGGCGCUCCAAGUGUACCUCCUCCACCUCCACCUCCACCAGGUGGGUAUGGAGGCGGAGGGGGAAGCGCUGCGCCGGCGAUUCCCGCACCUCAGCCUGGUCGAAGCGAUCUGCUGGCCAGUAUCCAGGGAGCAGGCAUCCAUAUGCUCAAGAAGACGCCCAGAAACGAAGACGGUACAGGACAUGCACCGGCAUCGACAUCUGGUGGAGGAGGAGCAAGUGGAAGCGGGAACGGCGCUGCUGCGAUGGCUGCGGGUGCAGCGGCUGGUGCAGCAGCUGGAGCCGGAGGUGCAGAUCUUGCGAGUGCACUCGCGGCUGCGCUCAGUCAGCGCAAGGGCAAGUUGGCGGAUAGUGACGAUGAAGAUGAGGAAGAGGACGAUUGGGAUUAA